AUGCCUAAAGGGAAAGAUAAUUCGCUAGGACCAAGUACUUGUCAGGAAAAACAAACCCUACCCAUAAUGCAACGCCCUACUCCUCCUGAAAUACCUUGGGUCACUACGACAAACUUUCACAGCUUACCUACACCCGCUCCUUCACCACAACUCUUUCCGCCUGUAAAUUCCGAAGGAUUUCCACCUUCAGCUCAAGAAGAGUUUAGUCGAACAGUCAGAAUGGGGUUUCAAAAUAUGGACAAUUUACAGAGACAACGUCUCCUUGCUGAACUUUUAAACACCUGCAACACUGAACAACUUGUUUUCGUGUCUAAUUAUAUAUCACCACGUUUGAAACGUGACUUUCUUAAGGACCUUCCAAUAGAACUUAGCCUACAUAUUUUAUCAUUUAUAAAUGAUCCAAAAACUCUUUCUAGAGCAUCAAGUGUUUCUAAAUUCUGGCGGUCUUUAUUAAAUGAUGAGUUCACUUGGAAAAAUCUCUGUGUACGCCAUCAUUUUAGGAGACGAAGUUCAUCUGCACCUGAGUUACCACCCUCCCCAACAAGUGAAACUCCCUCUUCCGGAAGCAACAAAUUUUCGUACAAAGAUCAUUUUCGAAGGCGAUAUAUUGUUGAAACUAAUUGGAAACAUGGGGGGAGAACUCUAAUUACUCAUAUAAGUCCUGAUAUUGGAGUUGUUACAUCAUUACAAAUGUGUCAGAAUUAUAUAAUUGUGGGAAUGGAUAAUAAAAAAAUUCACGUAUUUGACGUAUCUGAUGGAAAAUACAUAAAGACUUUAUCAGGUCAUGAAGGAGGUGUAUGGGCUUUGCAAUAUAUUGAUGAAGUGUUAGUCUCUGGAGGGUGUGACAGAGAAGUACGAGUUUGGGAUAUCGAUACAGCUGAAUGCAAACAUAUUCUUCAAGGCCAUACAUCAACCGUGCGCUCACUAAAAAUGAAAGACAAGACGAUUGCUGUUAGCGGUUCUCGUGAUGCAACCCUACGUGUGUGGAAUAUCAAAGAAGGUCGAUUGCUUCACUCGCUUGCUGGACAUCAAGCGAGUGUGCGAUGCAUGGAAAUAUGCGGAGAUAUCAUUGUUUCUGGAAGUUACGACUGCACGGCUCGUGUUUGGGAUAUCGUAACCGGUGAAUGUUUACAUGUACUUCAAGGACACUAUUCACAGAUUUAUUCCAUAGCUUUUGAUGGAGAAAAGAUCGUCACUGGCUCUCUUGAUUCUACUGCACGUGUCUGGUCACGUCAAACAGGUUUUUGUCUAGGAGUUUUACAAGGACAUACAUCACUUGUUGGACAAUUACAACUUUAUGAAUCGAUACUUGUCACCGGAGGUAGUGAUGGAGCGAUUCGAAUUUGGGAUCUAGAUACAAACCGUUGUGUUAAGCAUAUUGCAGCUCACGAUAAUUCAGUUACAUGUUUACAAUUUGACAAAAAACGGAUUGUUUCAGGUGGUAAUGAUGGACAUGUCAAAUUAUGGGAUCUUGAAACUGGUGACUUUAUUAGAGAAAUGACAACUGCAGGGAAUGCUGUUUGGCGAUUGGCAUUUCAAGAAACAAAAGCUGUUGUUCUAUUACAAAGAGAAGGAAAAACUGUUAUGGAAGUUUUAGAUUUCGAUGCACAGAAAUCAUAA